GAGCCGGCUGGCCUGGCGCUCCUGGCUGCGCACCCUCCUCCUGCACCUGCUCCUCAUCUACAUCUCCGUGCCCUUCCUCAUCCGCCUCUUCCCAGUCCUGCUCACCAAAUUCGUCUUCCUGAACUUCUUGGCCUUCCCCUUCUUCGUUGACCUGCGGCGGCCGGAGCUGCUGUUGAACAACACCAUCAGCCUGUACCUCACCACCGAGCCGGGUGUCACCGUCGGUAUCUGGCACACGGUGCCGGGCAGCAGAGGGGCCGAGGCAGAGGGCAAGGACCAGCGCUGGUACGAGGAGGUGCUUGCUGACGCUCACCCCGUGAUCAUCUACCUGCACGGCAACGGGGGGACCAGGGCUGCGAGACACCGAGUCCAGUUCUUGAAGACGAUGGGGGCUGCUGACUUCCACAUCCUGGCUCUUGACUACAGAGGUUAUGGGGACUCCAGUGGGUACCCCACGGAGAGCGGCUUCACCACAGAUGUCCUGGCGCUCUACGACUGGGCCAAAGCACGGAGUGGGAACAGCAGCAUCCUCUUCUGGGGACACUCCUUGGGGACAGGGAUUGCCACGAACGCGGCGAGGAAACUGCAGGAGGAGCGAGGGGUCCAGGUUGAUGCUGUGGUCCUGGAGUCGCCCUACACCAACAUCCGCGAGGCGGCCGCCCACAUCCCCCUCACCAAGAUCUACCGCCAGUUCCCAGGUUUUGGGUUCCUCAUCCUGGACUCGCUAGCCCUGGGCAACAUGUUCUUCCGCAGCGAUGAGAA